CGACCUCCAAAAAUCGACAGCACAUCUACACAUAAUGGCGCCAGAACCGGCAGUGCUCAAGAGGAAGCGCUCUCGGCCCUCAGACUGGUGGGCGAAUGGCUCAAUCAUUGCAUCUACCCCUCAACGCCUACCUGUACCUCCACCUCCACCUCCGGCACAAGACGAGACUGAGCUAGGACCGGCAAAGAAGCGCGGUAGACCUUCCACAGGGAAAUUAGCAGACAGAGGUAUACAGGAUGCGCCGGCGGCCGCGAAUCGAGGAAGACCUGCGAAGAAGCAGAGGGUGGAGGAUGUUGAGGACGAGAAUGGAGGGGAUGAUGAACUUGCGAAUGAUAAGCCCGUCAAAAAGACGAGGUCUUCUGCUACGGGAGAGGAAUUGAGAAAUAUCGCCGGGUCUUCGAAGGAUGGCCAAAUUGGCCAGAGGGCGAAGAAUAAACGGGGCUACAAGUCCACCGGGGAGAAGGAAAGAAAUACUGAAGAUGCCACUGAGGAAACCUCUGGACCAAAGAGACGUGGUAGACCUGCAGCAAUUCAAUUGCAAGACCAAGUUGUGGCCUCCGAGACACCGCUGAUGGGUCAAAAUGUGCCAAAGAGAAGAGGCCGUCCUUCAGCGUCCGCUGUAGUUGAAGGUGCUGAGGAAGAAGAUCCAGUCCCAGUCAGAAAUCCUGCAAGACGUGGACGCCUUUCGAACAAAGAAGCAGAAACCAGAGCUAUUGCGCAAGAGUCGGCUCAAGAUGAGAUAGAGCCUAAGAGACGUGGUCGUCCUCCUGCUACUGAGAAAAUUAUUGAAGGUGUCAACGAUCAAGAACAUGCAGCUCAGGAAAGACCAAAGAAGCGUGGCCGACGAGCUACUAUUGAGGAGGCGGUAGAACGACCGGACGAAAUACCUACCAGAGAUCUGGAUGGCCCGAAGAAGCGUGGUAGGAGACCUGUGGAAGCCACGAAUGAGGGAGAUGCUGAAGAGCCUGUCGUUCCUGCAGCAUCUAGGAGGAGAACCCGACGGUCUGAUGCUCAAAUACUUGAGGAAGAUUCAACACAUUUGGAGAAAGAUCAUGAGCCAGAACGGGGCAGACGACGCAGCCGACGAUCAGAGAUCAACAUAAUUGACGUAGAAUUAACGGCACCUCGAGCCCCGAGCGAAGAGGAGAGAGGUAGAAGACGAACGCGAUUAUCAGAUGCUCAAUCUCAGCAAGUUCCAGAAUCCUCAGCAAUGAAGAAAGGGCGAGGAAAAGAGCAGAAAGCAAGCCGCCGACCCGAGACUACGACUGUUGAAAUAGAGUCCGCUUCAUCAAAACUUACAAAAGCACCAAAUAAAAAGACUGGCCGUGCCGCUCCAAGCAAGCCUGCUAGACAAGAUUUGGCCAAAAGCAAGCGUUCACAGCCACCAACUUCGAGUUUCAAUGAAUCAGCAGACCCAAAAUCCUCGCAAGCUCGGAGAAAGAGCUCGAAACGUGUUUCGCACCCCGAACCUGCUGCUCGAAAGCGUAAAGAGAUAGAAAAUCUCGAAUCCACUCCAAACAAACGUCGAAGAUUAUCCAAGGAAAUUAGACAAGAGGAAGUUAUCUCAAAGCCCGAAGAGGCAAACAUGUUAUAUCAACGUUUACAGCCGAUGUCUCGCAAAGUAUCACGUCAAGUCAUCGAUUCAAAAUGGGAGCCGCUACCUUCAGCUUGUGUGGAACAAGUCUCACAAUUUCUACAAGAUGUCCAGCGGCCGGUUGUCGUUCGUUUGAAUGAGGAGCGAAAAAGGAUCCAAGCAAGCACAGCUUUACAAAUGGUCUCUCGAAGACUAACGACUAAGAUUUCAAAGGGUCUACCAUUCCCACAGGCAACUCGAAGUCGCCGUGAGGACGACUUCGAUUUUGAGAAGAUCCUUGAUCACAAUAGAGCCUUGGAAGCACAACUCACCCCAGCACUGCACGGGAACGAGCUCCUAGAAGCCGAAUUGGCUAAGGAAAGAGCCUGGCUUGACGCAGACAAGAAUGUUUUGGCAGACUUAGAGAAGAAUGCAAAGAGUGAGGCAACGACGAGAAAACAGGCAGCACGUAAAAUGCAUGCCUUGCUUCAGUCUGAUGAAUCACUGCUCGAGACUGAAGCAUUGAGGGAUGACAUUGGCAUGGAAGAUAAAGACCAGCAGUCUUUGGCUCUAGAUCUACGUGUUCAGGACGAUGAGAACUUGCAAGGGCUCGUCAAGGGACUACACGGUCACGUGGAUACGAUUAGGGGAAAUAUGAAGCAAGUCGAUGGAAUUGCUGAGGCUAUUGUGAGAAGUAAGGCCGCAGUCCAAGCGACACUCCUUGAUCGUCUCAGCAAUACGCAAUACGGAGAGGUUAUUCUCGGCUCGGACUAAAAUCAGGAGACACUGUGGAGUUUGUCCAAUUGGAAGUAAAGUCAUUUCUGACAAGAGAGUGGGCGCGUCGGCCCUGGCGCAAGAACCCAAAUUAGUAUGGGAAGUUCGUGAUGGAGGUUUAUGACAACAUAUCGUGCAUUUGCACAAUAGAGAUACCCAAUGCACUUUGUCACAUGAAUUGAGCUGUAUCAUUGGAACUGCAAAAACGUGCAGAUUGUGCCUGACAGAUCCUGGGACAAAGUGAUCGUAUUUUUCUCGGCUUCUUGAAGCUUAGAUCCGCAGCCCCGCGAUUUUCCUAUUCCAACUCCACCACGACUUGGCUUAAGAGCUACCAGUCGAUGCGACAAGCUUCUUCUGCACAUACAUAGGCCUACGUGUAUCGCGGUGCGGUAAUUG